GCUUUGCGAAAAUUACAAUUAUAACCUUUGCGUAUUUUUUCAUAAGCCCUAAUAAAGUAGGGAGGGAAAGUGAAAAUUUUUUAAUCGCCGGCGUCUUUACGCCGUUCAACUCCCGGCGAAGUUAUAGAGUUUAGGAGUAAUCCAUAAGCUAAUAUAAUGAGUUUCUCUCUGUUUCCACCGCCUACUUCUCCAUCUCCGGCGUCUUCUUCGCGAUCGCUGGCUUCUUCAUCUCUAUCUCCGGCGAGUUCAUCAUCGUCGAUGAGGCUAUGGAGACCAGCUGCUCAGCGUAAUCUUAGGAACCAGUGGUCAAUACUUUCGAAUUGUCGCCAACAGUGGAUCGCCGCUUGUUCUGCCGGAAGAGCUCACGCCUCUUCGCUCGUCAAUUCGUAUCUGUCACAAAAGUAUAUGCCAAUGAUGGAGCUUGGCGUGUUGAGUGACAUGUUUGAUAUUAAGAAGAAAGCUUUGAAGAAGCUGUUUGAGCAACAGAGUUCCUAUCGAAUCAAGCUUCUAUCGUCGUAUAAGGAAAUGGUAGCUGUUGUUGUUGAGAUGGUGAUUGCAAGCACAUCUCUGAGAUGUUAUACGAAGCUGAAUAGCGGGUCACUUAUACAGUUCUCUACCUCUAAGGAAGACUCAAAUGAUGCUGGAGAUUGUGGUAGCGUUCCUGUGUUUAAUUUUUGGAAUAUCUCUGCAUUUGAGAAGAUGUCUGAGGAGCUUGUGGAGAUGUUUAAACGCGAAAUAUUGCUAAAGAGAUUGCUCAUAAUGGAACUGAUCUCUUUAAGCUCCCAAGUUCCCCAACCCGGCAACAACUGUUGGUCAGAUGAGCUUUACCAUGGAGAAGUUGAUCAUCUCACCAAAUGUUCUUUAUAUUCCAUGGAAGUAUCUGAACCAGUUCUCCCCAGAGUAAAAGAAAAUAAUAUUUGUAUUCCUUCUUUAUCACAUACCAACCAGCCAACUGCAGAAAUUUUGCAGAUUUACUUGACAACUUGGCUUGCAGAGGUAAACAUUGAGACUCAUAGGGUGGAUGAGAUAUUUGCUUUGGUAGGGGAAGAAAUUAGAGUUGCCUUCUAAACCCAAAGCUGUUCCAGCUUCUAGUUAAGUUUCAGUGACUUUAAAGCAUAAAUGAUUCGACAAAGUACUCAAUGACUUAAGAGAGAGGUCUUUAGAAUCUUAGCUGUGUCAAACUUUCAACAAUUUUGCUAUAUUGUGUUUACUGGAAAGCAUAUGUGUUAUUACCUAGUCCGGGUACUUUACUGAGCGAUGUUUCUUUACUAAAGUAUAGAAAGGGAUUUGACUUACAAUA